GAGAAUCUCGCAACUGCGGGCGUCGGUGAGAACAGGAUGGAGAGUUCAGAGUUGCCUCCAAAGCAGGAACUUUCUAAAGUUUUGAAGUCAUCUGAUAGGACCUCAGUAGUACUCUGUGGAAUGAUUCCAGGAGAACCAGAAGCUGGAGAUGCCUGUGAAGAGGCUUUAGAGAAGCUAGAAGUUCAACCCUCAGGUGAAGAAGGGACCAGACUGGAAAGGGAUUUCUUGGAAAUAACACAGGAAGAUAAAAAUAAAUCCACAAAAGAUGGGUGUGAUGAAUAUAAGGAACUUGGGGGACAUCCAGACCUGUCCUCCAGUCCUGCAGAACAUCAAGGAGUUCUGAAGGGGCAGAAAUUCUAUCGAUGUGAUGAAUGUGGCAAAGCUUUUAAUUGGAGUUCUCACCUCAUUGGGCAUCAGAGAAUCCACACUGGGGAGAAACCUUAUGAGUGCAAUGAGUGUGGCAAGACCUUCAGGCAGACUUCUCAGCUUAUAGUCCAUCUCAGAAUCCACACAGGGGAAAAGCCCUAUGAAUGCAGUGACUGUGGUAAGACCUAUCGCCACAGCUCCCAUCUCAUUCAACACCAGAGACUCCAUACUGGGGAGAAACCGUAUAAAUGUAUUGAAUGUGGAAAAGCUUUCAAUGAGAGUUCCAAACUCUUUGACCAUCAGAGAACCCAUACUGGGGAGAAACCAUAUGGAUGCAAUGAAUGUGGAGCAGUCUUUAGUCGGAGUAAAAGCCUUGUCCGCCAUCAGGUACUUCACACUGGUGAGAAACCUUACAAGUGUAAUGAGUGUGGGAAAGCUUUCUGUUCUAACAGAAAUCUUAUUGACCAUCAGAGAAUCCACACUGGGGAGAAGCCUUAUGAAUGUAAUGAAUGUGGCAAGGCCUUCAGUCGAAGUAAAUGUCUUAUUCGACAUCAGAGCCUCCACACUGGGGAAAAACCAUUCAAAUGCAGUGAGUGUAGGAAAGCCUUUAAUCAGAUCUCUCAACUUGCUGACCAUGAGCGAAUUCAUACUGGAGAAAAACCCUUUGAAUGUAAUGAGUGUGGUAAGGCAUUCAGUCUGAGUAAAUGUCUCAUUCGACAUCAGAGACUUCACACGGGUGAAAAGCCCUAUAAAUGCAAUGAGUGUGGAAAAUCCUUCAAUCAAAACUCAUACCUCAUUAUUCAUCAGAGAAUUCACACUGGUGAGAAACCUUAUGAAUGUAAUGAAUGUGGGAAGGUCUUCAGUCAUAAUUCUAGCCUUAUGGUACAUCAGAGAACCCAUACUGGGGAGAAACCAUAUAAAUGCAAAGAUUGUGAGAAAUCUUUUCGUGACAGCUCACAACUCACUGUGCACCAAAGAGUUCACACUGGAGAGAAACCCUAUGAAUGUAUUGAAUGUGGGAAAGCCUUCAGUCAGCGUUCUACUUUCAGUCACCACCAGCGAACUCACACUGGAGAAAAGCAGUCAGGUCUGGCUCGGUUUGUUUUUUAAGAUGUGAUUCUCUAAGACAGCAAGGAACUCUGAGUUAAGGUUUCUAUAGAAGAAGUAUGCUCACCCUGGUCUCCUCUUGGAACCACUAAUCAAAGUGGAUCAUUCCCUAAAUGCUUUCUGGUGGUCAGGAAGGUGGGAGAGUGGGAGUAACAGUACCAUCCUUCCCCACUAAGGACUACACAUUUCAUGUGCUUGUAGGUUUCCUUUUUCUUCACCUUUUUUUUUUUGGCCAUGCCAUGCGGCUUGUGGGGGAGCUUUCCUGACCAGGGAUCAAACCCACGCCCUCAGCAGUGAAAGCAAGGAGUCCUAACCAGUGGACCACCAGGGAAUUCCCGUCUUUCACUUUUAAAAAAAAUUAAAAUCUAUCUUGUUUCUUAA